AUGGCACCUGUCGGCGAUUUCGAGGCCUCCGAGCUUCUGGGCUUGGAACAGGACGCCUGCCGCGCGGUGUUGGUUGAUCUGAGCAAAGAUGUGUGCGGUUCCUCACGGGAGGAGUUGGAGUUCAAGUCGUUCUCCGACUGCGCGUACUUGACCUCAAAGGCUUUGGGCAUACAGGUGCGCCUGAUGGCAGCAGAUCUCGGCCGGGCGUGUGUGGACGUGGUUUUCCUGUACAACGAGGGCGACGGCUUCAGCCAGUACAGCGCUGGCCCACUGCCGGAGGGCCUGCAGUGGACCCAGCACAGCAAGGAUGUGGUCCUAAUGCUCGGGGAGCCUUCGGACAAGUACGGUGGUGGCCGCUUCAGAGCUGUCGGCAUCAGCUAUGAGACCUUAGGCCUUGACAUACAGUUCAGGGAAAGCAACUGGAACGAUGAGAAGAAUCCCAUGGCAUUUAUCUCCAUUUUCCCGCGCCUGGAUCCUUCGCAUGGCCUCUGCGAGAUGUGUGGCAAGCGUGCCUCCUUCAGAUGUGGCCUAUGCAAAGAAAGGUGCUACUGCAGCUCCAAGUGCCAGAAGGCAGAUUGGACAAAGCACCAGACAGACUGUCCCGGAUUUCUGGAGAAGAAGGCUACACUGGCUGCGCUGCGGUGCCAGGAUGAGCUCAUGCUGCCGCGAUGCCAACAGCUUUCCCAGAAGCUUUUGCCAGUGCUCUCGGAGGUGGUGCUGGACAGCAUGGACUGA